AUGGCUUCCAAGGAUGUUUUUCUCGUAUCUGGAGGAUACGAUGGAGUAAUCCGCUGCUGGGAUACAUCGGGAGGUCACGCGAAAAAGACCCUGGAAUACAAAGAUAGUCAGGAUGCAAAAACAAAAUAUCCCGUUUUUUCUCUGGAUUUCUCAAAUGACGGUCACUACCUCGCUGCGUGCUCUGUGAAGUCGUUUAGAAUCUAUGAAACCGAUUCGGAUAAGCAGGCACCCAAAUACGUAAAACAGGAGGCUCACAAGGCAGCAAUCAAUAAAAUUGGUUUUAACUAUGAUGCAAAAUGGAUAUAUACAGCAGGAAACGACAAACAGUGUAAGAUUUGGGACAUGCGCACUGCCGUGUGCGUUCAUACUGUUGAAGCUCGUGGAAUGAUUAACGGAUGUUUGCUGCAUCCGAAUCAAACGGAGAUCGUAAUGGUGGACGAGAGUGGCUUCGUCCGCGUGUGGAACAUCAGCACAGGCACAUUCCGUCUCGAAAUGUGUCCCGAUGAUAACACGCCUCUGCAUUGCAUGACGAUCAGUCCUGAUGGCGAGAGCCUCAUUGCUUGCAGUAAGAAGGGCAACGUGUACAUCUGGAAAUACUCCAGCACCGCCAUUCAGCCGCGCCUAAAGUUCCACGCCCACGACGAAUACGUUCUUUCCUGCAAGGUUUCCAUGACAAACAAAAUGCUUGCUACGACAUCGGCCGAUCGCAGCAUCAAGCUGUGGGACCUGGAUACGAUGGAGGUCACGAAGCUGAUCGGUCAUGAAGUGGAUAUGUGUGGGACUCGACGUUCUCGUGCGACAGCAAAAACCUGGUGA